ACUGAAAAGAAGCCAUGAUGGUGUGUGAUCGAUAUAGAUAUCGUUAACUUCCUUCAAAUGAAUGAUAAAAGUGUACUUCUUCGAUGAACGCGUUCCCAGAUUGUUUUUUUGAAAUUUCCACCUGUGGCAGGAAUGAGGACAUAGGAAUAAAACAAAACCUGCAAUCGUGGUCAAACUCGGCGUCAUGGAUUGAACUCCGACUGAAGUUUGGGUGGAAGAGCAGCAGAAAUCAAGCAGUUAAGGAUCGAGACUUGGCUUAAUGAGAGGGAAAAACCGCGAGACGCAAGCGCUUCUCCUGUUGAUGAUGGGCACCAUGCGCUCCUCGCCGUGUGCGUAAGCUGCCUUGGAGGAUCCACACAUUAUGAGACGCCAUGGCAUGGUGUGACCGAAGGGUUCAGACUUUGCUGGCCAUCGUGGGGGCCUUCGCCGCCUUCAGCCUCAUGACCAUCGCCAUCGGCACCGACUACUGGCUUUACUCCCGGGCGUACAUCUGCAACACCACUAAUGUCACCACAGACGAGACCCAGAUGCAAACCAAGAAAGUCAAAGGCGACCUGACGCACUCCGGGCUGUGGAGGAUAUGCUGUAUCGAAGGUAUCAACAAAGGAAGCUGUUUUCGGAUCAAUCAUUUUCCAGAGGAUAACGACUACGAUACAGACAGCUCAGAGUACAUCUUACGUAUAGUGCGUGCCUCCAGCCUCUUCCCCAUCCUCAGCACCAUUCUGCUCAUGUUGGGUGGCCUGUGUGUCGGGGUUGGACGUAUCUACAGCAGCAAGAACAACAUCCUGCUCAGUGCCGGCAUCCUGUUUGUGGCUGCAGGCCUGAGCAACAUCAUUGGCAUCAUCGUCUACAUCUCCAGCAAUGCCGGCGAUCCCAGUGAUAAGAAAGACGAGGACAAGAAAAACCAGUACAACUACGGUUGGUCCUUCUACUUCGGCGCCCUCUCCUUCAUCGUGGCCGAGUCAGUGGGCGUUCUUGCUGUCAACAUAUAUAUCGAGAAAAACAAAGAGACGCGCUUCCGAGCCAGACGUGAUUUCAUCAAAACCACCUCCUCCUCCUCGCCAUAUUCUCGCAUCCCAAGUUACCGCUACCGACGAAGGCGCUCGCGCUCCAGCUCCAGAUCGACUGACCCAUCCCGUGAGCCCUCCCCAGUGGGAAUGAAGAUUGGCGGAGGAAGCAGCGGAGGAGGAGGGUUGGGGAUGGGGUUGCCCAUGGGAGAUAUAUCUCUGUAUGCCCUCAGCAGGGACCCUUUGAAGGGUGGAAGUGGGACUGCGGGGCCCUACAGUCCUGAGAGGGACUCUGGGUUUUUGCAAGUCCACAACUGCUUCCAGAAAGAUCUUAAAGAUGGAGUGAGCAGGAGGACCACGCCGGUAUGAGCUCGAGAGUGUGUUGUUGUAUAAAACAAUAAGCUUGAUGGAACGUUUAGAUAUUGUAAAGUUGAUGAGAAAGGACAGCUCCUCCCUGGGGCUAUUCAACAUUGUUGAAAGGUCAGAACUCAAAAUUGUUCUCUUGCGUCCCUCUGUGACAGAAAAGUGCCAAUCUGUGUUUCAUUUGGAGGAAAAGGAAAACUGAUACUUUUUGUGAUAUGGCUCAGUAUCUUCUUUAGAAAGUGAAUGCAGACAUUUUGUAGCAAUAUUUGAAGAGUUUCAUUCUAAAAUGUGACACCUACUAUUUGAAAAAAGUGACUUUUACUCUCACAGAGAGGCUGAAAAAUGUACUUGAAGGUUAGCCACAUAAGACUUUGCUUGAUAAACGGAUGAACCUUUUAUAGACUUGAUACUCAGUAUGAUAAAUUAAACUUUCUUUCUAUUACUCUGAAAUGAAAAAUAUGUUUGACAAAGUGGUUGCUACAAUGAAGUGAUUUAUGUGAUUGUUUGUAUAAACUUUUGAGAGUAUUUGUGUCUUGUAUUGGUUUACCUUAACACAACUGGUGCUAACUUAACCUGUACACCUUUGAUAGUCUUAAGCCUUCUCAACUGCCAUUUAAAUACUUUUACUGUAUCUCAAUAACCUCUCUCAAGCUUCUAUUUGAGUCAUGUGAUAACUAUGUGCAUUGCAGUAUGUGAAAUGUGUGUAACGGCUCUGAAACACUGCCACACGACGACACAUAUUCGUAGUUUUAAUAUGAAUUUCUGCAAAUAUGUAUCAAGAAAAAUGACGCACACUAAUGUCAGAACAUGAUGUGUAAGUGUUGUCUAGUUUGCUCUCUGUUUGCUCAGGGACAGUGUAGGGAACAAAUUAAUUCACUUUUAGCGAUGUAGAGCUUAUUAUAAGAGAGAAAUAAUAUGUUUAAGUUGUUUUGGUUUUUCUUACCUAAAGCCAGACAGACUGUUACAGUUGGUGUGUAAAAACAGAGGUGAGAUCACGCUGUAUGUGUUGCUGUUAAUUAAUACGACUCUCGUUUCUGUAUUUACUGCCUUUGUGUUCAGAGGGGUUUGUGUCUGAUACAGAUUUCUUUUCAGUCAUGCCACAAAAAAUACAGCUGUAGUUGAUGCAGAACUCAUAUUUAAAGUAUUUACAAGUAACAAGAAUUGUGGGGGGAACCAAUCUCUUUCAAGUAAUUUUCAUCAAACAAGAAACAAUUCUGUGUGUGAUUUUUAAGAGCUGGACUGCUGCAUGAUGGAUAUUGGAAAAUUGCACUGACAGCUACAUUUUUAUGCAGAUCUUGUUAGUCCUCUGUUCUCUUCCUCAAGAACAAAGGUCUCAAAGUACCUUUGGUCAAAGCGCUCUACGCUCAGAAUAAAAUACUAUGUUUUUUAUUUCAAUAGAAUUAAAGAACAGCAAAAGUAAAUUAUGAAUGAGCAGGCAAAACCUUCAAAAAUUCAGCUCUGUAAUUACAGUUAACUUCACUUUGCUUGUGUUUUUAAUGCAACAUAUGAACCGGGAGUUGGUCGAUGGAGGCGACUCAUCGCAUUUUUCACACCUUUUGCUUUUGCUCAUAGGAGAAGUAUUUAGCUAAUGAUGCAGGGUUGAUGGUCCUGUUAUGCUCUGCUAUGAAACUGCGUGGCAGACAGUCGGGCAACCACAGGGUGUUAAAGGAAAUCGGCAUCAGCCAACUUAAUGCUUGAUUGAACUAACAGGCUCCCAAAUGCUCACCCAGACUUGGAAAAGCUUGUCCUCUUGUCUCCAAGCACGAGCUUGAGCAAAAUGGGUGUUGUGUAUGUGUGCCGGGCUAGUAGAAGUUCAAAUUACUCAUUCUUGGUAUAGCACACGCUCGACUGGUUUCCAUGUCAGCUUCAUGGUUUGUUUCCCAGUUGAAUAUUUUUAGCAGCAGUCAGAAUCGGUUUAAUUUGGUUGCUGCGUUGUGAAUCAGUGACACGGCGGUUGCCAUGCGUGUAUAAACAAACAGUGCCGUGAGAGGGCGUGUAGUCUCUGCAAAUUCUCUGCUCUCCCAGCUACAGUUGUCAUUCAAGUCACUGACUUGGAGAGGGGGGAAGCCUCGAAUGAGAAUCAACUUAUUUUCAUUCUGCAUGUGUGUGAUGUAUCUAUGUUAUGGCAAACUGUGUCUGAUGACCUUGUUUCCCAUUCCAGCCCUGAAUUUGAGCAACUCCUCUUCACCCCCCUCUCCUCCGUCCAUCACCCAGGCUGUUAAGCCCUGUGAAUUUGAAUGCCAUGGACCCUCACUGAUAUUUUCAUCCACAAUAAAGUCGCGCCCAGGCCCUCCUGUUGUGCGCCAGUGAAAUAUCUUCUCCAGUAAUUGAAGGGAGAAUGGCAGAGUCACCUCUAAAUGCAGUCACAGAACUAGUUAUGUGAUUGUUAGCAUCAGCACCUCGUUUUAUAGGACGGAUAAAAUAACCAUUUGCGGUGUCAACUCAGAUUCUGUCCUUGUGACCUAAUAUGCUGACAUAGAUGAUACAGUAUACUUCAGCUAUCUUUAACCUGAUAAAACCAUUGCAUAAUAAAACAUCAACAGCCAGCACUGGCUUAUUUAAAAUGCAAUUUAGGAGUUACAAGUUUAGUAAUUAAAAGCUACUCAAAGAUAUAUUAAUAACACUUGGAGAGCUGAUGAAAGUUCAUUGUUGGACUAACAAAAUUACAACUAUAAUAGGCAGGUGUAAAUGUUAAAACCAUUUAUAUGCAAAUUGGGAAUCAAUUUUGUAUAAAUUAGAGACAUCGACUGACGCCAGACUUCUUAACAUUAAUGACUUAACCUGUUGGCUUUCCUGAUAUUCAACAGACAGAGAAAAAACAUUUUUGUGUUAUCUGACACAGGAGAAAACAUCACAUAGUUGCUUAUUUUCUUUUCUGAAACCAAUGUGUGUGUCUUCUCACAGAGAAUGUCAGUUAUAAUGUCACCGUCAUUAACUGUGAGCAUGUCGCUUGUGGUAAGAGCAACAACAUACACCAUGCUGAUGUUUGGAGAGAUAUUUGAUUGAUUUCUAUGAGGGAAUCGCUGUUUCAUCAGCAGUACAUGUGAAUUUAAUAUUAUGUGAUCUUCAUACUGUUUAUUAGCUCAACAUGUACUCACAGGUUACAGGAUGAAUGUGAAAGCCAGAUGCGAUUCCCUCCUGAGAAAUUCUCCACAGGCGCUCUCUCUCCUCCCAAGUUCUUUCUGAAAAUUUAAAAUGGCUGACAUUUUUCCCGGCAGGGGGCUUGAUUCCUUGCUCCCUGUUGAUAUUGAUGCAAUACUGCCGAUCCAGGAACCACAGGCAUCCAUUAGCAUGACAUCUGUCACUGUCCUAAAGCCGCAUUUGGCCAGGAGCAGUCGGAGCUUACAGUAACCCUUUUCAUCUGCUAUGACACAUGAAAAGCAUCACAUCAUGAUGGUGCAGUGUAAUGUAUCUAAUUAUUCUACAACAUCUAUAGAAAUGCAAUUUAUAUAUUAACAAGCAAACACCACUGACGGUAAAACAACUCUUUAGCUGAUGAACAGAAGAAGCUGUCACCAUCAGUGGAACAAUUUUGCGCCUCUUCUCCCUCAUUAAACUGACACAUACAAAUAUUAAAAAUAAACUGAAAGGAUGAAAUUAAAGAUUUCAACAUUGCAAAAGUAAAUUGGCACAGAAAAGAGUGACACCGUGACACCAAUUUGAAUUCUGAGAUUAGAAUACAGAUGAAAAAAUGUUGUGAUAAAAGUCAUAAAUGUGAGAUUGGUGCAGAGUGGCAUUUUCUUAAAUCAUUUUAUCUGUCUCUCUCUUGUGCUCCAUAAACACUCAAACCUGUGUUUCAGUGAAAUAACAACAUAUAUCAGUUAUCUAUAAUGUAUGGUACUACCAAGCCUGUAAAUGCCUGUAAAAGUGUCUUUACUUCCUAUGAGAGGACUGAAAAUAUUUUGUUUUGCUUUGUAAUGUCAAUAAAAUUACUCAAAAGAG